AUGUCUGUCGAGGCUAAAGCGGUGGAAAAGUCUUUCCAUGAGUCAGAAUUCAAGGGAAGGAAUCCUAGAAAGAGCACGAAUGUUGUCAACGAGAAGGGACAGUCUGAUUGUUUUCGGGUGGUGAGAACUUCGAUGUAUGUUUCAUUAGCACCAUGUCACAUAGAGAAUCCAUUGAAUGGUGUCAAGGCUCAGCACUUAGAUCCAUUGAUCAUGACAUACUUCCCAAAAGCCCGAGGUGUUGUUUUGUCCUACUUCAACAUCAAUCUUGAAAGCAAGGGUACAUCCGAAGAUGCGCUGAGCGUGAUCUUGGCAAAGGUGACAGAUUCUUCUGCAUUUUCCUUCAUGUGGAUCGCUGUGGAUUUACUUAUAUGGUGUCCGCAAAUUGGAGAUCUAUUAGAAGGCUUUGUUUACAUGCAAACUGCUUCUCAUAUCGGCUUGUUGAUACACGACACGUUCAAUGCAUCCAUCAAGUUCAGAAAUAUCCCACAGGACUGGGAGUUUGUUCCAGUUCAAGCUGAUGAAUAUGCUGAGUCUGAGGCUAGCCCUGAAAACAAUUCAAGCAAAUUCAAAUCUUUUGGCUAUUGGACAGAUGCAUCCGGUGCUAAGAUAGAGGGUAAAGUUCCUUUCACUGUGAAGGCUAUUCACACAAGCGGAAGAAUGCUUUCAAUUGAGGGCACUUUGUUGACCCCAGAGAGUGAGCUAGAUGCUCAGCCUGUGUUGCGCGAGGGCUCCAGUUCAAAAGCAGAUGUGACAGUUUCAGCCGGCAAGCACAUCACUUUUGACGACGAGGAAACUCCGGAGGCAACUGAAGCUGCUGAUAGCAAAACUGAAGCGGUCCCAAGCUACGAAGCUGGAAGCGGAGAUAACGUGGACUCUUCAAGCUCGGAAGACAACGCCGAAGAGUCUGAGUAG